AUGGAAAUGAAGAAGAUCUCCCUUGCCAUCAUCGUCGUCGCUGCCUUCGUGAGCGUAGUCUUGGCAGCUGACCUCCCCAAGGAUCCACUAGCAGCUGCUGCUGCUGCUCGUGGUGUUGGUGCUGCUACCCCCAAGGCCUCAGCAGCCCCCGUGGGCUCAGCAGCCUCCCCAACUCCUUCCUCUGCAACCGGCACACCAACCUCAGCUCAUGCCCCCAGCCCAUCAGGCGCCGCCUCUGCCAUGCCCGUUGUCGGCUCUUUGGCUGGUGCCUUCCUGAUGUCCUUCUUUGGCUAUUACCUGCAGUAA